AUGAAUUUUGCUUCGCAUCUUCUCACAAUAACAUUCUUAAUCCUUGUUAGAAUCUCAUUGCUCCUCCCCACCACCGUUGCUGCUACAGCUGCCUCGACUCGACCACUAGAGCUCAUAUCACUUGUAUCGAUAAAAUCAUCCCUCAAAGACCCUCUAAACACAUUCAAGGAUUGGGACCUCACAAAUGGAUUCUCCAGGCCUGGAUUCACGCCAAUCUGGUGCUCCUGGAGUGGCAUUAAAUGUGACGCGAAGAGCAAACAAAUCACGAUUUUAGACCUGUCAACACGCAAUCUUUCAGGCACAAUCCCAAGUGAUAUAAAAUUCUUGUUGAAUUUACAACACUUGAAUUUGAGUGGAAAUGCGUUUGGUGGGUUACUACAAUCUGCCAUUUUUGAAUUACCAAAUCUCAAAAUACUUGACAUUAGUCACAACUUGUUCAAUUCGAGUUUUCCGCCUGGAAUUUCAAGACUCAAAUUUCUAACCUUCUUAAAUGCCUACAGCAACAGCUUCACCAGUCCUCUGCCGGAAGAACUCAUUCACCUCCCAAAUCUCGAGUACCUAAACCUCGGUGGAAGCUACUUCAAUGGCACAAUCCCCAUCAGCUAUGGCCAUUUUCGAAAACUGAAGUCUUUAUACUUGAAUGGAAAUUCACUGACAGGUCAAAUUCCUGCUGAAUUAGGCUCCCUGGAUCAGCUUCAACAUAUGGAAUUGGGAUAUAAUGUGUACUCUGGUGGACUUCCGGUGGAGUUAUCAAGUCUACCGAACUUACUCUAUCUCGAUAUCUCAUCAGCCAAUCUCUCCGGGGAACUUCCAGUAGAGUUGGGAAACUUGAAGAAGCUGGAAGCAUUGUUGCUAUUCAAGAAUCAUUUUACGGGUAAAAUUCCAGGAAGUUUAGUACAACUGAAAUCUUUACAGGCUCUUGAUUUGUCCGAUAACAAUCUGACAGGGAAUAUCCCGAGCGAAUUCUCAGCAUUGAAAGAACUAAAAACAUUGUCCUUGAUGAACAACCGGCUGACGGGUGAAAUUCCAGGAGGAAUUGGAGAACUCCCCAACCUGGCAUUCUUAUCUCUCUGGAAUAAUUCACUUUCAGGAAUUUUACCACAAAAUUUAGGCUCCAAUGCCAAGUUACAAUUGCUUGAUGUCUCUUCGAAUUCCCUGUGGGGACGAAUUCCAUCAAAUCUUUGCCUCAGCAGGAAACUGCUUAAACUCAUUCUCUUCUCGAAUGAAUUCACUGGUGAGAUCCCUUCGUCCCUGGCAAAUUGCACGGCCUUGUCAAGAUUCCGGAUUCAAGACAACAAUCUCAAUGGGUCGAUACCAUUUGGGUUAGGCUUCUUGCCCAACCUCACAUUCGCUGACAUCAGCAAGAAUAAUUUUUCUGGUCCAAUUCCGAAGGAUUUAGGCAAUGCCGCUAAGUUGGAGUUCUUGAACAUAUCCGGAAAUUCAUUCAACACUGAAUUGCCUGAUAAUAUUUGGAGUGCACCAAGUUUACAAAUUUUCGUUGCCAGUUUUGCUAGCCUGAAAGGAAAAAUCCCUGAUUUCAUUGGAUGUCAAAACUUUUACAGAAUCGAACUAGAUGGGAACAACCUUAGCGGGAGCAUUCCGUGGAACAUUGGCCAUUGUGAAAAGCUCAUCAGAUUGAAUUUACAUCGAAAUUCACUGACAGGAAUCAUUCCAUGGGAGAUUUCUACUCUUCCUUUCAUUACAGAUGUCGAUUUAUCCUAUAAUUUUAUCACUGGAACUAUCCCGUCUAAUUUUAAGAAUUGCAGGACAUUGGAGGAUUUUAAUGUAUCAUAUAAUCAGCUCACAGGUCCAAUACCUUCUUCAGGCUCAGUAUUUUCAAGCCUUCAUCCGUCAUCAUUUACUGGAAAUGAUGGGCUAUGCGGUGGAGUUCUUAAAAAGCCCUGCUGGGCAGAUGGACUGGCGGCCGGUGCAGUGGCAGUCCCUCCGCCGCCCAAGAAGACUGCAGGGGCAAUUCUCUGGAUCAUAGCUGCAGCAUUUGGCAUUGGAUUAUUUGUACUAGUCAUCGGCAUCAGGUGUUUCCAGGCGAAAUACAGCCGCAGAUUUUCUGAUGAUAAAGAUUUCGGGCCCUGGGAAUUAACUGCAUUUCAAAGAUUGAAUUUCACUGUUGAUGAUGUGUUGGAGUGCCUAACAACCACUGAUAAAAUCCUCGGAAGGGGGUCCACCGGGACGGUGUACAAGGCCGAAAUGCCAGGUGGCGAGAUCAUAGCGGUCAAGAAACUAUGGGGGAAACACAAAGAGACAAUCAGAAAGAGGAGGGGAGUUUUAGCAGAAGUUGAAGUUUUAGGCAAUGUAAGACAUAGGAACAUCGUUAGACUGUUGGGAUGUUGCAGUAACAAUAAAUGUACAAUGUUGCUCUAUGAGUACAUGCCUAAUGGAAGUUUGGAUGAUUUAUUGCAUGGCAAAGUCAAGGGCGAUGAUCAUAAUUUGAUGGCUGAUUGGCUCACUAGAUAUAAGAUUGCAGUCGGGGUGGCACAGGGUAUCAGUUAUCUUCAUCAUGAUUGUCAUCCAGUUAUCGUCCAUCGUGAUUUGAAGCCUAGUAAUAUACUUUUAGACAAUGAGAUGGAGGCUCGGGUGGCUGAUUUCGGAGUGGCUAAGCUGAUGCAAAGCGACGAAUUGAUGUCGGUGAUUGCUGGAUCAUAUGGCUACAUUGCUCCAGAAUAUGCUUACACACUACAAGUCGAUGAAAAGAGUGAUAUUUACAGUUAUGGAGUGGUGCUAUUGGAAAUUUUGACUGGAAAACGAUCAAUCCAAGCAGAAUUUGGUGAUGGAAAUAGCAUUGUCGAUUGGGUAAAAUCUAAAAUCAAGACCAAAAAUGGUGUAGACGACGUGCUAGAUAAAUAUGUUGGAGCAUCUUGUACUUAUGUAAGGGAAGAAAUGCUAUUAUUGCUUAGGGUUGCAUUGCUUUGCACAAGCUGGAAUCCGGCUGACCGACCAUCCAUGAGGGAUGUUGUAUCGAUGUUGCAAGAGGCCAAACCCAAGAGGAAAUUACCAGGAGGUGGCGCUGAUGGUGUUGGUGAUACUGUGAUUGAUGUCAAGAAUGUCCUCGAGCUUAAGGUUGCAUUGCUUUGCAUUAGCCGAGAUUCGGCCGAUUGGCCAUCCACGAGGGAUGUCAAGAGGAAAUUAGCUGAAGGUGGCGUUGAUGGCAAUGGCGAUAUUGUGAUUGAUGUCAAAAAUAUCCGAGGCACAAAAGCCAGCCAAGUGAAAAAUUAG